AUGUCCUCUGUGCGACGAAUUUACGACGACGACGUGGCGUUCCUCGUCAAUCAGAAUAUCAAUGAGCUCGGCUCUGGAACAUCAGGCACCGCCUUCCUAGUUCCAUGGCAUGGUAAGGAAGCCGUGCUAAAGUUGGCCCGCAAGGAUACGAGUAAAACCCUGAACGAUUUCUGGGAAGAAACAAAGAUGAUGAUCCAUUCAAACGGGGCUGGAGGAACACCAAAAGUGAUCCGAUUCUGCGAUUGCCCACCAGCAAUCCUUCAGUCGUACAAAGGCCGCCUUUCACUGGAUGACAUCUUGCUAGAUCAUGAACUGCUCAUGCAAUAUGAUCUGACAGACUUGGCUAUAAGGAUCGGAGAAAAGCUCUACGAAUUUAACCAAACCGGAGCUGUCCAUAACGAUCUAAAGCCAGACAACAUCCUCGUAUCCGGUCCACCAUCCAACCCAUAUGUUAGUAUAAUAGAUCUGGGUUUAUCUUGUUAUGCUAAUGAGAAUAUCGCUUGCACCGCCGAGCACGACAAAUACCCCUGGAUGGCCCCUGAGGUGUGCAUGGGCUUGGACAGCACCAGUAUCUCGGACACCUACUCGUAUGGGUAUGUGCUGUCAGAGAUGGUCAAAGAGGCACCCGGGGAUCACUCAGAAAUUUCAGACAUCGCCUACCAGGCCAUGGAGCCGAAGCCUCGUCACCGCAUGUCUUUACGGCAACUCCUUCAUCGCCUUCGCAAUAUUCAUCGCAGAAAGAUGGCAGCCGCCGAGGCAUAG